GUUUCUCUUCUUGAGCCUGGCAUCCUCAGCAUCUCCUUGAGCCAACAGACCACCAGUCAUGUGCAGCCCUAUCAAAGCUAUACUCGUCCUGGCUGUCGUCAUCUGCAUGUCUGCAGCUCAACUUAAUAAAUCGCGGAGUUGUCUGUGCCACGAUGCCGCAAACACAUUUGACCCGAAGGUUGGGAUCAAAGACGUCACAAUAUAUCCAGCCACCACCUUCUGCAACAAAGUGGAGAUCAUUGUCACCACAAAAAAUGGCUCCGAUUUCUGCUUGAAGCCUAAAGCGGUGAAACGUAUGCUCGCAAACCUGACAAGGAGAAAGGUUCUCUCCAGCAAAGCUGCUGCUGCAGUCGGCACCAGUUCCACCCCAGGCAGCGCUAACACAACUCAACAAGCCUAGAAGAUAUCGAACAUUAAGCAACUGUUCAGCAUAUGUAAAUAUCCCGAUUGCUCAUUUGUUUUGUCAUGAUGUGAACAUACUUUAAUAUCGCUUCCACUGGAAGGUCUUCUGUUUUUACAAAGCCUGAGUAAAUC